UCGACAUAUUUCGUCACACGUGUGCGAUGUGCCUAAACUGUUCAGUGUUGUACAUGUAGGUCGGAGUUGUAAUGAUCUUCAGAGUAUGGGCAAAAUCUGAAAUAUUUUUAACUAAAUAUGAAGAAAGAAGACGUAUUGAAGUGUUCGUUUUCGUCGUGGUACCCGACGUUUGAAGAUGUGACCAUAAAGAGUAGAGUCCUACCACUGAGUUCCGAGUUCGUGGAGUAUUUGUUGGCAGACGGUAUUGUCCUGCCAGAAUCGGAAACUAGUGACCAACCUUCGGCAAGACAAACAAACGACGAUCAGAAAUGCACAGUGAGCACUGAGGAAACUGACUGGAACGACGAUGUAGGUGCCCAUGCGCCGUGUUUUCCUCAGCUCGAAGGCAAACUGACACAGUCGCUCAGCGAAUUAGGCGGAAAAGUGUUUCCAAAGUUGAACUGGAGUGCCCCGAAAGAUGCAACAUGGAUGUCGUUUGAUAGAACUUUGAAGUGUGUUUGUCCAAGUGAUAUUUAUCUGCUGCUUAAGAGUUCAGAUUUUAUCACGCAUGAUUUGACAGAGCCGUUUAUGGAAUCUGAGGAUUACAUAGAGGGAGAAAAAGUGGACGUAAAAUAUGAGCUAGUACUAAGAAAAUGGUGUGAUUUAGACCCGGGGAUGGAAUUCAGAUGUUUUGUACAUAACCAUAAACUUGUAGCAGUAUCACAAAGAGACUGUUUACAGUAUUUUGACUUUCUCCCAAACAUGAAAACUGAAAUAGUCUCUGGAAUAAAAUCGUUUUUCUUUCAUGUUAUUGAUGGAAAUUUCCCAAGCGAUAAUUACGUGUUUGAUGUCUACAAGCGUGCCAAUGGGACAUUUUGGGUCCUGGACUUCAACCCAUUUGGCAAUGUAACAGAUUCUUUGAUGUUCAAAUGGGAUGAAAUAAAGAGAUUGUCUGACCAGGAACUAGAGUUACCAAAGUUUCGAUGCUUAGAAUCUCAAAUAGGAAUCAGUGGGUCUGCCUAUACAAGCAAUGCUGUACCACGUGAACUGGCAGAUAUUUCGUCAGGUGAUGAAUUCAAUAAACUUCUGUCAAUGAUGCAAUCAAUACCUGGGAAUCAGUAUGACAGCGACACGGAAUCGAAUUGAGAUAUACAUGGUUACCAAGCAUACCAAAAGUGAUGAUUGUUUCAUACUGGUAGAUCUAAGUGUACAUCCAACAUGUCCAUGAGCUUGACUCAUUUUUAUCCCAAAUAGUUUGGAACUGCUUAGAGCAUGCAGUUCAGGAUGAAUUUCUACCUAAGAUUGUCUCUACAUAGUGGAAGUACUUCAGUUUGAAGAAUGUGAUAAUCAGUAUAAAAUAUGUUUAAUAUAAUGUUUCUUCUUUAUCCUAAGCUCCGUAGUUGACAGCGAUAGAACCCCAGUACCAGAAAUACAUAAACACAGAACACAGCACUCCAAAAAGUAACAGCAUAAACCAAGUAACUGUCACACCUGGUGUUUCCUUACGUUGUAUCAAAGACUUUAAUUGGCUAUUGUACAUUAUGAAAGGUUCAAAGCUGAGGUAAAAUGGGGUGCAUUUUUUACACUUUAAUCAGAGAAGUAAAAUCGAAGAUACUCAGAGAAAACAUAUUCAAAUCACUUUUCACAUUUUCAGCUGUUCUCAGCCUUUUGAAUGUAUGUAUUGUUGUUUCAUGUAUUUUUUUUUUACGGUUAUCUAGUAGCAGAUAUAUUGGUUUAUAUUAUGCCGUUUUUGAGACCAGUUUGGUCAUUUACGUCUGAUUGUAUAAAUUUAUGUAAUAAGUGCUGCUUUGUUGCUUCUAA